AAGUGCACGAGACCGCUACGGCUCGCGACACAGCAGAUAUGUAACCGUUAUACAGCGGCGGUGUCAACGCGAAGUGAUGCUCGACGGCUUUUACAACUUUUCACAACUUUUAAACACACACUUGAAAUAAAUACUAGAGUUUUUAAUGCUGUUUGGAGUAAAUAUGAGAGCUGUGUGCUGGCCUGUUGUAGUUUUAUUUGUUUUAGCGGCGCUGUGUGUGGAUUUUGAGCACGCAUUGAGUCUCAGCCGGAGAGAAAACACGGCGCUUUUAAACCAAUGGAAAACCGGUUUUAACGAUUUAGUUGAGGGGAAAGUGAAAAGGAGCGAGGAGUCGGUGAGGGAGUCGUGUCGUUCCCUGCAGGACUAUGAAGCCAGGCUGCAGGAGGACACACACACUCGAGUCUUUAAUGACGUGUCCGGCUCGGUGUCUCUGGCCUGGGUGGGAGAUGGAACGGGGGUGUUGCUGGUCCUCACUACGUAUCAGGUUCCGUUGUUCAUGUUCCGCUUUAGCGAGCCCAAACUCUACAGGAGUGAAGACCAUGGGAAGUCCUUCCAGGACGUCACGUAUCUCCUGAACAACACCUUCGUCAUGACACACUUCGGCAUUGCCAUCGGCCCGGACAACUCCGGAAAGGUGAUCCUCACAGGUUAUGUGUCUGAGGGACACGGCUCGAGAAUUUUACGCUCGCUGGAUUUCGGAAAGAGUUUCACCCCAUCCAACCUGCCCUUCCAAGUGCUGACGCAGAUCACCUACAACCCGGAGAACAACAGCGUACUCGCUGUUAUUAGCACAGUGUAUGACCUGUGGCUCUCUAAGGACUUUGGGCUCCACUGGAAGAGGAUUCACUAUACAGUGUGUCUGGUGAAAUGGGGGACUGCUGACACUCUGUUUUUCACCACCAACCCAAACGGCUCCUGUAGUGAAAGGGGUGCGCUGGAGUUGAGGAAAACCUCAGAUUUCGGCCGGAGCUUUAAGACUAUCGGGAGCAGGAUUUACUCGUUUGGUCUGGGCGGCCGUUUUCUCUUCGCUUCAAUCAUGGCUGCCACGAGUUCGAUGCGCAUGAUUCAUGUGUCUGUGGAUCAGGGUGACGUUUGGGACAUGGCCCAGUUGCCGGACGUGGGACACGAACAGUUUUACUCCAUACUGUCUGCCAACGACGACAUGGUUUUCAUGCAUGUGGAUGAACCUGGUGACUCAGGGAUGGGCACGAUCUACGUGUCUGAUUACCGAGGCAUCGUCUUCUCCAAGUCCCUCGAGCGCCAUCUUUACACGUCCACAGGCGGCGAGACUGACUUCACUGUCGUCAGCUCGCUCAGGGGCGUCUACAUGACCAGCAUGCUGGCUCACGAUGGUUCUGUUCAGUCCGUGGUAACGUUCAAUCAGGGAGGAAAUUGGAUGCCUCUGAAGAAACCUUGGAACGCAGAGUGCGACUCCACUGCAAAGGAUCCGGUCAUGUGCAGUCUCCAUAUUCACGCCUCCUACAGCACAUCGAUGAGGCUCACCGUGCCAAUGCUGCCGCUGACCGAACCUAGCGCUGUUGGUCUCAUCCUUGCUCAUGGCAGCGUGGGGGACGCCGUGUCCAUCAUGUCUCCUGACGUUUACGUGUCUGGUGACGGCGGGUACACGUGGGCGCGAGCGCUCAAAGGACCGCACCAUUAUGCCAUCCUGGACUCUGGAGGACUGCUGGUGGCCGUGGAACACAAUCCCGUCCAGCCCAUCUCGCAGAUCAAGUUCUCGACGGACGAGGGCCAGUGUUGGCAUGUAUAUAACUUCACAGACACGCCACUGUACUUCACGGGUUUGGCCUCGGAGCCUGGAGCUCAGUCCAUGACCCUCAGCCUGUGGGGUUUCAGACAACCGGUGUUCAGCCAACACUUAGUGUCCAUGACUAUAGACUUCCACCAGCUGCUCUCCAGAAACUGCGGGGAGGAGGAUUACGUGCAGUGGCUCGCCCAUUCCGAUAACACUGGCAACCCGAACGAUGGUUGUGUGCUGGGAUAUAAAGAAACGUACUUACGGCUACGCAAAGACUCGGCAUGCCGAAACGGGAGGGAUUUCGUCAUCACCAAGCAGCCCACGCCGUGUCCCUGCACUCUGGACGACUUCCAGUGUGAUUUUGGCUACUACCGUGCCGUGAACAGCUCCGAGUGUGUGGAACAGCCGGAGCUGCAGGGCCACUCGCUCGAGUUCUGUCUGCAUGGCCGUAAAGAGCAGCUUCAGACUAGCGGUUACAGGAAGAUCCCAGGAGACCGGUGUGAGGGAGGCACGCAGCCGGAGAGGAAACUGAUCGACCUGAGCAAGAAGUGUGUCAGUAACCUGCUUAGUCCAGAGCUUCUGUCAGAGUCUCAGUCAGGAAGCUUGGCUCCUGUAGUGUCCGUCAUCAUCCUGGUUCUGCUCGUCUGUGCCGUGGCUGGGGUCCUACUCGUCAAGAAGUACGUGUGUGGAGGAAGGUUCCUGGUGCACCGUUAUUCAGAGAUGCAGAGGCAUGUGGAGGCUAAUGCCAUUGAAGGUGUGGACGACGUGGAUGCUCCAGAGGAAGACAAGACUCAUUACAAUGAGGACUCAGAUGAGGACCUUCUGGCUGGAAAUUGAGGCAGGAAUUUCUCAGGUAGUGUCCUAAAGCUUACUAGUAAACGUUAAACCCCGUGUGGGGAUAGUGACAGCCCGGACCAGUUUACUGAAGGAUGAGGAAACGAAAGUGUAGACUUUUUUUCAAAUUAAUUGGUUCCAGCCACUGGACAGGAGGCAGUUGGAGGAUUUUUGUGACGAUGGUUUUCUUUUUGGACGCCUCUUUAUUUUCCUCUUUGUGUGUUUCUUCUUCGGCAGACUACUUCACUGGUUGUAGUUUGACGUUUGUUUUCUAGCAAGUCUGAUUUUUGAGAAAUUUUCAUUCCUUUAAGACUUAAGGAUUGUAAUGGUUAUGGUGUAGGGUUUCACUUUACUGCAAAUAUUAGUAAUAACAUGAGAUCACAGAGCUUAAAGGACUAGUUCAACCUAACUUGUGGUUACAACAAAUACAAAUUUCUAAAUGUUUCCCUGUACUGAGAAAAGAACUCAAAGUUUCAGCGUAAAGGUGUAAAGAUUAAAUAAAUAUAAAGAACGUAGUUCUGGUCGCAUUACGUCUUCCUGUAUCCAUGUGGCAUGAGACUCUCAGAACUAACUCUGAUCGUAUUCUAAUUCUUCCUUCUCUUAAAGGACUGAAUAAUUCCUGACUAAACCUUUAUUGACGCACCAGCAACUGCCCUUAGACUUCCAUUUAUAAGUGAGUUUGGCAUAAACAAGCUUUCUGUUACUUUCUCGGUGCAGGGGUGGGGGAUUCAGUGAAAAACCCUGAAUUAUUUUGUUAAAUGCAAACUGUUAUAGGGA